UUUGAUUCUGGGAACUAACCAACUAAAAAAAAAAACCUACUAGCUUUCCCUUCACUAGCUUCAGACGGAGUCAACAAAUUCCUGUGGGAUUUUUUUUUGAACCAGCAUUUUUCAAAGGAAAACUAUGGGCCUGAUUUUUUUUUAAUUUGCUCUGGCCAAAGUAGAGGCUGAACUAUGGUCUCUGCAGCCAUUCUAAUGUGUUUGUGCAACAUUAGCAAUCGCUCUCUAUGGGGAUAACUGCAUCUGUUGCUUAUGGCUGUUCUAGUGUAAACAAAACUAAAAAGGUCAAACUGUCCACAUUUUGCUUACUGAGUCAAGACUACUCAUGUGAACAAGUCCUUCAGAAACUUGCUCACAGUAUUGCAUUUACCAUUGAGCUUCAACCAUGAUCACGUUCCAGCCUCACAUAGAUGCUACGUUUCUUAUUGUUUUGGUCUUUCCGGCCUGUGCCUUGGACAGCUACAUUGCAGCAGUGUAUGAGCACUCUGUUAUAUUGCCAAAUGUCACUGGGAGUCCUGUUUGUCCUGAUGAUGCUUUGAUGCUAAUGAACAAAAAUAUGGAUGUUUUGGAGGAGGCCAUCAAAGCAGCAGCCCAGCAGCAUGCACACAUCAUUGUGACUCCUGAAGAUGGCAUUUAUGGCUGGGCCUUCACACGAGACACCAUUUUCCCCUACCUUGAGGACAUUCCAGACCCACAAGUGAAUUGGAUUCCAUGCACUGAUCCUAAAAGAUUUGCUCCUGCACCGGUGCAGGAAAGGCUCAGCUGCAUGGCAAGAGACAACGCUCUCUAUGUGGUUGCCAAUAUUGGAGAUAAGAAACCAUGCAAUUCCAGUGAUCCUAAGUGCCCCAGCAAUGGUCACUAUCAAUAUAACACUAACGUUGUCUUUGAUUCAGACGGGAAAUUAGUGGCACGCUAUCAUAAGUAUAAUCUCUUUAUGUCAGAAACUCAGUUUGAUUACCCUAAGGAGCCAGAGCUUGUCACUUUCAACACGCCCUUUGGAAAGUUCGGUCUUUUCACUUGCUUCGACAUACUUUUUCAUGACCCAGCUGUGACGCUGGUGAGCGAGUUACAGGUGGAUACUGUGCUGUUCACUACUGCUUGGAUGAAUGUCCUACCACAUUUAACUGCUAUUGAAUUCCACUCUGCCUGGGCUAUGGGGCUGGGAGUCAAUUUCCUUGCAGCUGAUACACACAACACCAGCAUGGCUAUGACAGGGAGUGGUAUCUAUGCACCUGAUGGACCCAGAGCAUUUCAUUAUGACAUGGAAACAGAAAACGGUCACCUACUGGUUGCAGAGCUGAGUUCACAUCCUCGUCUGUCUCCUGCCUACCCUGCUGCUGUUAAUUGGAGCGCAUACGCCAAAAGCGUCAAACGAUUCUCAUCAGAUGACCAUGAUUUCAAUGGAAUAAUUUUCUUUGAUCAGUUCACUUUCACUGAACUCUCUAAGCCUGAAGGAAACCUUACAGUUUGCCAAAAAGACCUUUGCUGUCAUUUGAGUUAUAGGAUGGCAGAGAAGCAAAAAGACGAAGUUUAUGUGCUGGGUGCUUUUGAUGGCCUUCAUGUUGUUGAAGGACAAUAUUAUUUGCAGAUAUGCAUACUGCUGAAGUGUGAAAGCACAGACUUGAAAACUUGUGGGCAGCCAGUGGCUAUUGCUCAAACUAAGUUUGAAACUUUCUCUCUCAGCGGUACAUUUGGCACUACUUAUGUCUUCCCGGAAGUCCUGGUCAGUGGGGUUCAGUUGGCACCUGGUGAAUUUCAGGUAUUAAGUGAUGGACGUUUGAUCAGUCAGAAUGGUACAUCUAAACCAGUUUUAACAGUGGCACUUUUUGGGAGAUGUUAUGAGAAGGAUCCACCACAACCACAAUCAACAUUGUUAUUUCUGAACAACGGUGCCGCAUAACACAUCAUCUACAAAACAAUCACUGUGUUUGUGUUUUCUGUUACAAUUGUGCUUUGUUUAGCAAAUAUAAAGUAAGAAAUCAAUCAAGUUUAACCGCUAUUUUGACUCCCUAUUGUGGCAGAAUAGCCAAUGUUGGGCCUCACCCUUUUCAUGGCAGGGGCAAGGACAUCCCCCCCUCCUGGGGUACUCAGGGUACUACUGGUGGCCCAGGAAGGUGGCAGGGAAUAGACCUGAACCCCAGCCCCUUUCAAACUCUUACCCUCUUCUACCUUGGGAUGUGUGGGGGAGUCUUCAUCCUUGUUACUGGGUGGGAGAGUCUCCCUGCUUUGCUGGGACAAGAUCUCCAAUUCUCUGCUCUCUCAAAUCUCAGCAGCACCCUCCAACCUCUAGUUUUCCACCCAAUCUGCCUGAGGAGGAUGAAGGGUUAUUAGGUUCCUAAGAGGGCAUUAAUUGUCUAUAGCUGCUGUAACUGGCCUACCGGUAUCCUUGCCUUAAGUAGCCUGCCAUAUGAUAUCAGGUUCCUGACAGUGCCUUAAUUCACUACAGGUGCUUCAAUUUUCCUGCAACAGCCCUCCCUGGUCUAUAGGGAACCACACCUUAAUUAGCCUAGGUCUUAUAUAUCUCCUCUUUAGCAUUCUCUCAACUGCUCCCUGUCGCAUCACAUUAUCUUUUAUCACUGUUGAAUAGCAUUUAUCUUUUGCUCACUGACUUCUGAAAUUUGAUUUUUUUUCUUGUAUGCAAAAGAUGAACAUUAGGAUCCUGAUGCUAACCUCAUAGUCACAUUCAACUGCAUAUUUUAUAAUUAUAGGCAACUGUGGUAUUAAUAAAACUAACGGCUCAAUCCUGCAUAAUAAAUGCCAGAUAGAAAGGUGCAAAUAUUCAAGGAAUAGCUCCUACCCAGCAUGCUGCCCAAAGAUGUGUUCUGUUUGCUUCCUGUGUGUCCUACUAUGAGUCCAACACUUGCUGCACUUACCACAGCUCCCUCCUUUCAAGCAGUUUCUCCAUGAGCUUUGGUGUGCCAUUCCCUCAUGCUCUUUGACACAUUGGAAUGUUUUAGUAUAUGCAAGGCCCUUUGUUUUCAGUUCUAACUAGAUUUUUUAAUGGGAAUAUCCAUGGAAUUAAAAGAAGCCACUGUUUGUUUGA